AUGCCAAAAUUCAGCAUACAACCCCCAACCCCGCACGCCGCCCUCCUCUCCUACCCAGCACCACACAUCCUCCUAGUAACUCUAAACCGACCAAAAGACCUCAACUGCAUAAACGCCCAAGGCCACGCAGACCUUCACGCAGUCUGGGAAUGGAUGGACGAGGAACCGAGUAUGCGCGUGGGUAUACUGACGGGUAUGGGGAGGGCGUUUUGUGCCGGGGCUGAUUUGAAGGAAUGGAAUACGCGCGCCUCAUCCUCAUCCACCACAUCAAAGACAACCCCAAUGCCCCCCAGCGGCUUUGGCGGGCUCGCCCGCCGAAAAGGCAAAAAACCAAUAAUCUGCGCCGUAAACGGGCUCUGUUUCGGCGGCGGAACGGAAAUGAUCAUAAACAGCGACCUGGUAAUCGCGACUUCGCGAACACUGUUCGGUUUGCCCGAGGUGAAGCGCGGGGUUGUUGCGUUGGCGGGGGCGUUGCCUAGACUUGUGCGCACUGUUGGGAAGCAGCGGGCUAUGGAGAUGGUUCUUACGGGGCGGAAUGUUAGUGCUGAGGAAGGCGAGAGGUGGGGACUUGUUAAUUUUGUUGUUGAUGUUAGUGGGAUUAUUGAUGGUGGGAAGGGGAAGGAGGAGGUGGAUAGGGAGGUCUCGAGGGUUGUUGUUGGGAAGGCUUUGGAGGUUGCUGGGACUAUCGCUGGGAAUAGUCCUGACUCGGUGCUUGUUAGUCGGGAGGGAGUGAAGUUGGGAUGGGAGGGGAUUGGGGCGGAUGAGGCUACUAGUAUGUUGAGUGAGACUUGGGUGAAGAGGUUGAAUGAAGGGGAGAAUAUCAAGGAGGGGCUGAGAGCUUUUGUGGAGAAGAGAGCGCCUGUUUGGGUGGAUAGUAAGUUGUAA